AAAUGGGUUCAAUUCAAUUGAGAAUAAGGUGAAAAAGAGAUCGAGGAGCGCGUUUCGGUCGAACCGCCAAUUCAAAUUCAAAUUUCACGAUGCUCUUCCCUUCACGUAAACGUAAACCCUAAUCGGAGUCAUCCCUUCUCCGAAGCCUCCCAUGGCUUCCCGCAAUCAGAACAGGCCUCCUCGCAGUCCCUCCAGUAAAAAGGGUGGCGCCGACGAUGUUUUCUCAGACAAGCGUCGAAGGAUUGGCGGCACAGAGAGGAUGGAGCGACAGGGCAGAGGCAGAGCACCCCUCGGCGCUCUCGUCGCCAAGACAGAUGCUAACAAUGAUGGUGGCAGCGCCGACGGCGCCGCCGAGUGCAGCGCUGUUGAGUUCACCAAAGAGGAAGCAGAGGCGCUGCUCAAUUGGAAGCCCAAGAAGGGUAACCCCUUUGAUCACAAGAAAAAACUGGAGCAGAUAGCAGAUCACAAUAAACGGCUUAGACUGUGUGUUCGAUGGUACAUGGGAGUCGAAGAAGGCUACAUCCAAGAGAAAGAGAAGCUUCAGACCGACCUAGAAUCUGCUGUGAACAAGUGCACUGAUACUGAGAAUGCGAUGAAGAUUAAGAUUGCAGAGUCGGAUGAGACUAUAUCUAAUUUGAGGGUGAAUAUUUCCUCUUUAGAAGAGAGAGUUGCAAAGGAAGAGUCGGAUAAAUUGGAAGCUAUUGCUUCUUAUAGAAAAGAAAAGGAAGCCAGAAGUGCAGCUGAGCAGAUGCAAGCUUCUAUUUCAACCGAGCUUCAGAAAGUUCGGGAAGAGAAAUCAGCUGCUGAGCAGAAGGCCAUUUCAAAUGAGGACUUGUACAAGCGAUCACAAGAGUAUAACUUGAGUCUGCAACAGUACAACAGUCGCCUUCAGUCAGAUCUUGACACAACUAAUAAGGAACGUAAACAACUGGAGAUGGAGAAAGCAACCAUUGUUGAGAACCUUAGCAAUGUGAGGGUCCACAACAAGGCAUUGCAGGAUCAGUUGACAUCUGUUAAAGCUUCACAAGAUGAGUCUGCAAAGCAGAAAGAAUUGUUAGGAAAUGAAAACAUAUGCCUUCGGGAAGAAUUAAAACAAAUUAAAGGUGAUCGAGAUCGCCAACAGGUACAGGUACUAGCUCUGACUGGAGAAGUAGAAAAAUACAAAGAACAUACAGGGAAAACUUGUGCACAGUUGGAUACCUUGAAAAUUAGAACAAAUGCUCUCGAGGAGACAUGUUCUUCUCAAAGGGACCAAAUAAAUAUGCUGCAACAGCAGUUGAUUACUGAAAGAGAGAAGUUGAAGACGGCUAAUUUGUCUGCUUCAGAAAUAAGAACCGUGUUUGAAGAUCAGAAAAGAAUUAUACGUGAACUACAGGAACGAAUUGCAGAGAAAGAAUUCCAAGUAAUCGAAGGAGAAAAGUUAAGGAAAAAAUUGCAUAACACUAUUCUGGAGCUAAAAGGAAAUAUUCGUGUGUUCUGUCGUGUCCGACCAAUGCUUUCGGAUGAAAGUUCUGGAACAGACAUGGUUGUUUCUUAUCCCACGUCAACAGAAGCUCUUGGCCGGGGCAUUGAUUUGAUACAGAGCGGGCAGACGUAUCCUUUUACAUUUGACAAGGUAUUUAAUCAUGAGGCUUCUCAGCAAGAUGUUUUCAUUGAGAUAUCACAGUUGGUGCAAAGUGCUCUUGAUGGGUACAAGGUCUGUAUCUUUGCUUAUGGACAGACAGGUUCAGGGAAAACCUAUACAAUGAUGGGUAGGCCUGACGCCCCCGAGCUGAAGGGGUUGAUACCACGAUCUCUUGAACAGAUAUUCCAGAUUAGUCAGUCCCUGAAAGAUCAGGGGUGGAAGUACAAAAUGCAGGCUUCAAUAUUGGAAAUAUAUAAUGACAGCAUCAGGGAUUUGUUGUCAUCAAAUCGGUCAAGUGGUAUUGACUCAGCACGAACAGAAAAUGGCGUUCCUGCUUCUGGAAAGCAGCCGUACACUAUUAAACUCGAUGUCAAUGGAAACCCAUAUGUUCCUGACCUCACUAUCGUGGAUGUUUGUAGUGCAAAUGAGAUUUCAUCCCUUCUGCAACGGGCAGCACAGAGCAGGUCUGUAGGAAGUACCCAGAUGAAUGAACACUCAUCACGGAGUCACUUUGUGUUUACUUUGCGUAUAUGUGGGAUUAAUGAGAGAACUGAACAAGAAGUGCAAGGUGUGUUAAACCUGAUUGAUCUUGCUGGAAGUGAAAGACUGUCGAGAAGUGGGGCAACCGGGGACCGGUUGAAGGAAGCUCAGUAUAUCAACAAAAGUCUCUCCUGUUUGAGUGAUGUAAUAUUUGCUUUGGCUAAGAAAGAGGAGCAUGUACCUUUCAGGAAUUCAAAAUUGACACACCUUCUACAGCCAUGUCUUGGUGGAGAUUCGAAAACUUUGAUGUUUGUGAACAUAUCACCUGACCCAUCUUCAACUGGAGAGUCACUUUGCUCUCUUCGUUUUGCCGCUAGGGUCAAUGCUUGCGAGAUUGGUAUUCCGCGGCGUCAGACAUCCACGCGAUCCAUUGAUUCUCGUUUAAUCUGCGGCUAAAAGAAAAGAGAGGCCACACUCAUAAUUCAUAACCAAAAUAAUUGUUAUUUGUUAUGUUUUGAUUGGGAUAAAAGAAGGGUUUUUCUUUGAUCAAUGUAACUGUUAACUUGUAGAGAAUUUAGCUUGUAUAAAUUGAUUUUAGAGGCUUGCCUUUAGCCUCGGUGGUGUAACUGAUGAUUUGUAUUUAGCUGUAACAUGAUAAUAUUCAAUUUAUGUGAGCAGCUUGUUAAUUGUAACUUGUAAAACUCAACUAUUUGAUAUGAUUGAACUUGCAAGUUCAUGAGAUGUCACAUUCUUAACAAUUUAUCAUGCAUGGUUUCGUGGUUAAUCU